GCUCGCGGGCGUAAUUGCAAGUCUGAAAAUGGGUUUGUUGACAGAUCCUAGGGCAGGAUCAGGGAAAAUAAUAAAGUUCUUAUUAAAAUGGCAAAGACCACUUUGCUUUUUUCUUUAUAUAAGUGGAGUUAUUUGGAUAUUACUUCUUGCUUUACCUGUAUUUAAUGACAAUACUUAUUUCUCGGAAAAUGCUUUAUUGCCAGGAUUAGUUACAAAGGAAAGUAAUUUGGAACAAACAGCAAAACAGUAUUAUACAGAAUUAGUUCAUGAAAUGAAACGUUAUCCUGAUUCAAUGCCGUAUGCUUGGCUAGCUGCUAAAUUAAAUCAACUUCAUUUGGAUGUUCAUAUUCAUAAUUUUACAUUAAUUUAUCCUUUUCAAGAGCAGCAGUUUACAGGGCAAAAUAUAUAUGGAAUUAUUAGAGCUCCAAGAGCAGCCAGUACAGAGGCAAUUGUACUUAGUGUGCCUUUUAGGUCAAUUAGUAGUAUUUAUUUGGAUACAGCUCCUUCUAUUGCACUUCUUCUUGCAUUUGCUAAAUUUUGUAGAAAACAGAAAUAUUGGGCAAAAGACAUUAUAUUCCUAAUCACAGAACAUGAACAAUUAGGUAUACAAGCGUGGUUAGAUGCAUAUCAUGGAGUUACAAGUGGUAGUGAAGGUGUUCUUAUAUCUGGAGAUCUUACUGGCCGUGCUGGUUCUAUUCAAGCUGCUAUUAAUUUAGAAUUACAUUCAAUGAAAAUUUCAUCUAUUGAUGUUAAGGUUGAAGGAUUAAAUGGACAAUUACCCAACUUGGACCUUUUUAAUUUGGCACAAAAUAUGAUUGCAAAAGAAGGAAUUAGGCAAUCAGUUCAAAAACGUUUUGAUAUUAAGUAUAAAAAUAAAUUAAAAAAUUGGUGGUACCAUUUUAAUACACUACUUAUGAUGAUCAGUACUCAAGCUACUGGGAUCCCUACUGGGAAUCAUGGACUUUUCCACAGAUUUGGCAUUGAAGCUGUUACUUUGGAAGGUUUUGAAAAGCCUGGACAACAAAAUUCUGAAAGAAAUUUUUAUCAAGUUGGUUGUAUUGUAGAAAGCAUAGUUCGAUCUUUAAAUAAUUUGUUGGAACGUUUUCAUCAAUCAUAUUUUUUUUAUUUACUUCCAUCAACUGAUACUUAUGUUUCCAUUGGCCUUUAUAUAAGAUCUUUAGUCUUAAUAAUUGCUGCAGUAUUUAUAAAGGCAUUUUCUAUGUGGCAAAAGCUACAAGUAUUCACUUCUAAUGAAAGUAAGGAAAGCACCGUUAAACAAUUAAAGACUGAUGGAUUUGAUAUUGGAGCUAUUACUUCAGAAAUAUUAUGGGCACAUAUUUGUGGGAUUAUAAUUACAACAUCUCCAGGUACAUUUACGUAUUUUGGUAGAAAAUUGUGGAACUUUCGUACGGAAGAUUCUAUAUACUUCAGUUUUAUGGCAAUAAGUAUUUUAACAAUACUAUGGCCAUUUUACUCAAAAAGGCAAAUGAAAUAUAAAAACGCAGCUCUAGUAUGUGUAAUUGCGUUAGUAGAGCUGGCUACUAUGUUGAUGUGUAUAGCAAUGCAUAAUUUUUCUCUAGCCCUUCUUGCUGCUGUAGUUUAUGUACCUGUAAUUUUGCCAAUAACACCAAAGAAAAAUUCAACUAACAAUAAAUUUCGCAAAAUGAUAUCAUUCCUUUGGAUUCUUCUACAUCCAUUUAUGAUCUCAAGUUUGAUUAUAAUAUGCUACACAUAUGUACAAUUUUCUACUGACCCUUUCUUAUCAGUUUUACUUCGUGGAUACCGCGCUACGAAGCAAGCAUUUGUUUUUAGCAUUAUGGAUUCAAUGAUUUAUGGAAAUUGGUUUUAUAACGUAACAGUUUCUGUAAUGCUUCCUAUUUGGCUUUUAUUUUGGAAUAUUUUGUGUUCAAAUAAUAUACAUACUUAAUACAUUUAUAUGAAAUUUGUACCAUAAUUAUUU